AUGCACCAGGAUGUAUACUACAUAGUGAGGAAUCAGGCAAACAAAAAGGAGAAGAUCUCCAUCCUGCAUGGCGUCUCUGGCUACUUCAAUCCUGGCGAGAUGGCAGCUGUCAUGGGCCCCAGUGGGUCCGGCAAAUCCACCCUGCUGGAUCUGCUGGCCGGCAGAAAGACCAUGGGCGAGCAGAAGGGAGACAUCCUGUUCUCGGGAGUGCAGCCGACGCGAGCCUUCCUGCGACGCUACACAGGCUACGUGGAGCAGUUUGACACGCUGCUGCCGGAGCUGACGGUGCGCGAGAUGCUGCUGUACACGGCGGAGCUCAAGUGCGAGAUGAGCGAGCCGCUGUCCAAGAAGCGCGCGCGCGUGGACCAGCUGCUCGAGCUCCUGGCGCUGCAGGGCUGCUCUGGCACGCUCAUCGGCGACACCCUCGCACGCGGCAUCUCCGGCGGCCAGGCCAAGCGGACAAACAUUGGCAUUGCCCUGAUCACCCAUCCACGAGUGCUGUUCCUGGACGAGCCCACCUCUGGCCUGGACUCCUACACAGCCCAUGAAGUGAUGACUGUCGUGAGGGGUCUGUGCAAGCGGGGGAUCACAAUCUGCGCAACAAUUCACUGCCCCCCGCCCCACACAUUCACCCUCUUUGACCGCGCGCUAAUAAUGCAGCGCGGCCGCACCGCCUACUUUGGCCUCAAUGGCCAGCCCGCCAUUGACUACUUCUACAAUCACUUUGAAAAGAAUGAGAAUUUGGCUGAGUGGAUUGUGGACAUCACCACCGAUGCUGACCGCCAGGGCUCCGACAAAUUCACCGCCGUGUACAGAGACUCGCAGCAGAGGAAGCAGACGGAUGUAGAGGUGGCGGCGCUCGUCGAAGCAGAGUGCAACAAUGUCUCUAAGGCCACGCUGAAGGUAUGUGGGCCUUUUGUAAUGCCUUAUGCUGCAGCCAUUUCUAUUCAGUAUUACCGCACGGCCAACAACUACCGCUGCUGGCUCUACCUCUUUGGCCGGCUCUUUGACAAGACCUGCUUCACCUUCCUGACUGCCACCUUCUACCUCUGGGUCGGCGCCAAUAACACUGCCGAGAACGCACCUAACAUUGCCGGCCUGCUCUUCAUGUGGGUGAUUCUGCCAGCGUAUGGGGCGGGCCCCUACUUGCCAGCCAUUGUCAUGGAGCGGCCGGUCUAUGUGCGAGAAAUGAGUGACGGUCUGUACAGCCCCCUUACCUAUCUUAUGUACAAGAUGAUAGAGGAGCUCUUCAUGGCGUUUCUGAUGAGCAUAGCAUUCAGCUUGCCCGUCUACUACCUUUGCAAGCUGCAGGGCUCCUUUUUCAUUGUGUGGCUGGUGUGGCUAGUGUCGCUUGCAGACGGCAUAGCAUUUGCGUAUGCAACUGCGGCAGUGUCGCCCAACAUGGACAUUGCGAAUGCCGUGCUGCUGACUUACCCCACCGCGCUGCUCUUUGCUGCCGGCUUCUUGCUGCGUUGGGUGGACAUCCCCAGAUACUGGAUUUGGUGCGCCCCUCACAUGCAACUUGAUGCCAUCUCCAUCCUCGAUAUUCGUCACUAG